AUGUUCACUUUAAAAGAUGAAGCAGAAGAAUUAACGGGGGAUAAAAUAUCAGAAAAUAUAGAAGCAUCGUCCUUUUCAAGAGUGGUAAGAGAUGUAGAGAUAGAUUUUUCACAAGAUGAAAGAGUUGGAAUUAAAUUUGUACGAGAAGUAUCUAAAGGCGUUGUUUUUGACGAUCGAAUGCAGGAAAUUUUUGACGAGCGAAUGCAGGAAAUUUUUUGA